AUGCAAGUCAGAACGGCCUUAGUUUCGCUGCUAAUCGCAAUUCAGGGAAGGUCGAUUGCCUGCCUGGACCUGGGCCAUGGCGCCGAAGGGCGAAUCGCUGGCGGGGAGCUAGCCGGGGCUAAUCAGUUUCCCUACCAAGUGGGCCUGAGUAUCGAGGAGCCCAACGACCUACAAUCAGUGACUAUACUAAGUUGCUUUAUUACUAUUCCCAGGGCUGUUGCCAUCACUUACUACUUGGGAGGAGUGCAGCGACUAGCACCCCGACAACUCAUCCGAUCGGCUAGGCCUGAAGUGCACUUGCACCCCGCUUGGGAUUGCCAAACCCUGGAGAACGACAUUGCGGUGCUGCGGUUACCAGAGGAGGCCCUUCUCUGCGAUUCCAUAAGACCCAUCCGGUUGCCAGGAAUCUCGUCUAGCGGCACUAACUACGAAUACCUCCCCGCAAUCGCUUCCGGUUGGGGCCGCAUGAACGAUGAAUCCGCUGCCAUAUCCGACACCCUCCGCUAUGUCGCCCGCUUUGUGGAAUCCAACGAGGACUGUGGCUACGCCUACGACCACAUAAGGUCUACCAACAUCUGCAUGGACACAACCGGAGGAAGGUCAACUUGCACGGGAGACUCCGGCGGACCGCUGGUCUACAAGGAUCCCAAUGAAAACAUAGAUGUUCUGAUCGGCAUUACCUCCUACGGCAAGAAGUCGGGCUGCACCAAGGGAUACCCAUCGGUGUUCACACGAGUCACCGCCUAUUUGGACUGGAUAGGCGAGGUGAGCGGGGUUAUCUACUCACGGCGGGAUGAGUCCGAGUGGGACAUACUUUCCAUAGGUAGCUCCAACAUGAAAGUUCUCGUUGUCUUCGCCUUGGCUUUGGCCUACGCCUCCGGAUCGGCCCUGCGCUCCCUGGACGGACCCAACGGUCGCAUCACCCACGGCGAGGAUGCCCGCACCGACCAGUUCCCCUACCAGGUGGGACUCUCCCUGAAGAUCGGCUCCUCCUCGGCCUGGUGCGGUGGUUCCCUCAUCGGACACGAGUGGGUUCUGACCGCCGCCCACUGCACUGACGGCGUCGACUCCGUCGAGGUUUACCUGGGCAGCACCGUGCGCUCCAGCCCCAAGGUCAAGCACCACGUGAGCAAGGACAAGAUCAUCAUCCACUCCGACUGGAACAGCCGCACCCUGAGGAACGACAUCUCCCUGAUCCGCAUCCCGCACGUGGACUACAGCAGCGCCAUCCACAACGUUGAGCUGCCCAAGGAGGAGUCCCACUACUCCACCUACGACAACGAUGAGGUCAUCGCCUCCGGCUGGGGCCGCACCUCCGACUCCGCCAGCGCUGUCGCCGCCCACCUGCAGUACGCCCACAUGAAGGUCAUCUCCAACAGCGAGUGCAAGCGCACCUACUACUCCACCAUCCGCGACUCGAACAUCUGCGUGUCCACUCCCGCCGGCGUGUCCACCUGCAACGGCGACUCCGGUGGCCCUCUGGUGCUGGCCUCCGACAAGGUCCAGGUCGGUCUCACCUCCUUCGGAUCCUCUGCUGGCUGCGAGAAGGAGUACCCCGCCGUCUUCACCCGCGUCACCAGCUACCUGGGCUGGAUCAAGGAGCAUACCGGCAUUUCCCGCUAAGUUGUUGAGGUUUUGAUUAAACUAUCUGAUAUUUUCAAGCAUACAAA